AUGGCAUCCAGCGCGAAGAGGAGAGCCGUGGAGGAUGAGGCGAUGGCGGGGGACGAAGAGGAUGACGACUCUGACAUCAGUGAGGAUGAGGAUUCUGAGCAGGACGAGGAUCUAGAUGAGGAAGUAAAUGUUGACUUUGAAGCUCAUACUAUGUGUGACAGUGACAAGGACGGGAUCCAGAAACUGCUGAAACAGCUGUUCCUCAAAGCUCAUGUGAACAUCGCAGAACUGGCAGACCUUCUCAUUCAGCAGAAUCACAUAGGAAGUGUCAUUAAGCAAGCUGAAGGUGGAGACGAUAGUGAUGACGAUGUUGAAGACGACCAUGUUUUUGGUUUCAUAAGCCUGUUGAACCUAACAGAGAGGAAGGAUACCCCAUGUGCUGAUGAAGUAAUGGAGCUGAUUCUGAGCCACUGCGAGAAAAACUGCGAUCAGAGCGCGGCCGACCAGUUAGAAAAAGUUUUAAAUGACAACAGCAAACCUGUAGGCCUUCUCCUCAGCGAGAGAUUCAUUAAUGUUCCUGCACAGAUUGCUCUGCCCAUGCACCAGCAGCUCCAGAAGGAGCUGGCAGAAGCCCAACAGACCAAUAAGCCAUGCGGCAAAUGUUAUUACUAUCUCAUCAUCAGCAAAACUUUCAUGGAACCUGAGAAGAAAUCCCAAGGCAAGGAAGAGAUGAUGUUUGCAAACGCAGAAGAUGAGUUUUUCUAUGAGAAAGCAGUCCUGAAAUUCAACUACUCUGUGCAGGAAGAGUGCGACUCUCAGCUUGUAGGAAAGUGGUCUUUCGAUGACGUUCCUAUGAAGCCUCUCAGAACAGUCAUGUUGGUCCCGGCUGCCAGAAUGAACUCCAUCAUUGCAAAGUUCAAAGAAUAUCUAUCCGUGUGAAGAAAGUUCCGCAUUUUCCCGGAUGAUCCAGCGACUCCUUUCUUAUGCACUGGCGCGGAGUUCACGUUUUACGGACUUUCCUUCCAGCUGCUUUAGAAGGGGAAACCAUUCGAGGAAAAAAAGCUGCAACGACCAAGAGCUAUAAACAGGAUUUAUAUUUUUAUUAUUUUACCAAGAUGAAAUUCUGCAAGAAUAAUACACAAAAGUCUAUGAAAUCCUGAAUGUGUAACAUCUGUCUGUUGUCAACUUCACAGUUCAUUAAAAGUCCUUUGUGCUGGGAAC